AUGCAGACAAGGUGCUGCCGGUUGACGACGCCCAGUUACAAGGUGCAUUACACUUUCCAGUUUCAUUUCCACGCCUGUCUGUCGCACCUCUCGCCCAUUCCCUUCCUCUUUUCCUCCUUCCCUUCUCUCCAGGCUAAGCUCAACAGUCGCAUCUGCACUUCUCCCCUAUCCUCUUACUGGCUCGCCUAUUCCCCCCCCUCCACCAGUUUUCGGCCCCUACCGGCUGUUCCUCGUGUGCUACACUGGCCCUGCCUGGCUUCAAAAGAGUCCCUCUCCUUCAUCCCCCACCAGUUUUCGGCCCCUACCGGCUGUUCCUCGUGUGCUACACUGGCCCUGCCUGGCUUCAAAAGAGUCCCUCUCCUUCAUCCCCCACCAGGUUUCGGCCCCUACCAGCUCUUCCUUGUGUGCUACACUGGCCUUGCGUGGCUUGCUGACGCCAUGGAGAUGAUUCUGCUCUCCUUCGUUGGGCCAGCGGCACGGUGUGAGUUUGGUCUCUCAGCAGCCGAAGAGAGCCUGAUUGCAAGUGUGGUGUUUCUGGGUGUAUUUCUGGGCUCCUAUGUGUGGGGGCUCGUGGCAGAUGCCUAUGGGAGAAGGAGGGGGUUCAUGGCCACCGCUCUCUUCACUCUCUUCGCUGGCUUGCUCAGUGCAUGGUCGCCCACCUUCCUCACUCUCCUCGUCUCGCGCUGCCUCGUGGGGUUCGGUAUCGGGGGUGCAUCAGUGGUCUUUUCUCUCUGCUCCGAAUUCCUUCCCUCCAACUCCCGGGGUUUCUGGCUCGUGUUUAUCGAGUUCUUCUGGACGAUUGGUUCGCUAAUAGAGGCUGCACUUGCUUGGGCGGUCAUGCCGAGCCUACACUGGAGGAUGCUAGUUCUCCUCUCUGCUACACCCUUUGCUCUCCUGCUGCUGCUGUACCCCUUCCUUCCCGAAUCGCCUCGGUUUCUCCUGCUCAAAGGCAACGCGUCAGCAGCACACAUAGUUCUAGAAAAAGCCGCCCGAACCAAUGGCAAGCGCCUGCCGCCUGGACGGCUGGUUUCGGCAGCAUCCGGCCCCAAGCUACUGGCAUCACCACGCCCCUCCUCUCCUUCUCCCGCCCAUGCCACCUCCUCCUCUCCUCCACCCUCCAUUACAAAACACCAUUCCUCCCACUCGUCCUCUUACUACCCUGUCUACUCCUCCUCAUACCUCUUGCCGCCCACUCCCACCACAAUCUUUCUUUUUGCUGCCCGGGCAGCUAUUAUGGGGUCAUUUGCGGUGCUCUGGGCAUACACCCCGGAAAUUUACCCGACCGAGAUAAGAUCAACUGGGCUCGGGGUGGCAAACUCAUGGGCAAGGCUGGGUGGCUUUCUUUGUCCGUUUGUGGCAGUCGGGCUGAUCGAAGGAAGUCAGAGGGAAUUGGCUAUCCUCCUUUUCGUCUUCAUUCCCGUUUUUGCCGCCGUCAUUACUGCAUGCUUCGCAUCAGAGACAAAGGGGGCUGCUCUUGGGGAGAAAAUAUCUAGCUUCAGGCACACCGGCCAAUCACGUGGCAACACGUCGCUCAAUAGCCCCAUUUUCUCUCAACCUGACAGAGUGGGUGCUGCUCAUAGUGCAACUCACAGCUUCUUUCAAGUGUUUGCGGACGACAGCUCGUGCAGUGACUCUGAUUAA